UGUAAAUAAUUUGUGAGUGAUUUCUUUCUAGAGUGAUAGAGUGCUGUUUUUGGUGAUAUUUUGGUGAUCAUUGGGCAAACAAGUAUUGUAGGCCUAGCCAAAGUCUGAAAUGGACAACCAGAGAGAGGAUCAAGAUAGAACCGAUAGGCAGAUGGAGAGAACAAAUGCCCAUCCACUUGUAAACUUGCCUCCAUUAGAGAUUCCAGUUGAUGACCACAAGCUCCAGUAUGUUUACUGCCUCUGGCACAGCCGGAAAAAGCCUGGUAAACCACCUCCAACUCAGACAUUUGAUCAGACACUGAAGUUGGUAUGCCGCUUUGGGACUGUGGAGCAGUUCUGGUCUUGUUAUUGUUAUUUGGCCAGACCUUCUCAACUUCCCAGUCAGUCAGAUUAUCAUCUAUUCAAGGAGGGCAUCAAACCCAUGUGGGAGGAUGAUGCAAACAGAGCAGGAGGGAAGUGGAUAGUGCGUCUGCGCAAGGGCCUUUCUUCCCGAUGCUGGGAAAACCUUAUCCUGGCGAUGCUCGGGGAGCAAUUUAUGGUUGGCGAUGAGAUCUGUGGUGCUGUCAUCUCCAUCCGAUAUCAGGAGGACAUCCUGUCAGUGUGGAACCGGACAGCAGGGGACCAGAUGACGACGGCACGGAUCCGUGACACAAUCCGACGUGUCCUCAACCUCCCUCCCAACACCAUUAUGGAGUACAAAACCCACACAGACUCUAUCAAGGACAAUUCAAGUUUCCGCAAUACCGACGUGUUCCUCAAAUGAAUCCCCUGGACUUGCCUGUAUGGACGCGAGUUUUCUGCAAGCAGCCCUGUUGAUCCUUCGUGUGGUUCUCGAUCCACUGUGAAAAAUAUAUUUAUUCUCAUGCCAGGACGACUUGAGGUCCCAUGAUGAGAGACACUUGUG